GGUGCGGGAUGCUGGCAGCGCUGCCGGACGGCGAUGAACGGGAGCUGGAGAGCAGCGAGGAGGGCGGCGGCGGUGCGGGAGACGAGCGGCGGCCGGAGCGGUACGGCAGCACCUACCACAGCCUGUACGGCUACCAGAGCCGCAGGUCCUCGCGGCGGGGAGCGGAUGGCGGCGCGGCGCCUGGGAGCCCUCCCGGCCGGGACUUCAGCCUCUCUUUGCUGGACACAAACUUACCAGCUGAAGCAGAAACCGAACUGCGUGGUUUUAUUGCUAAACGCAUGGCCAAAGGAGCCGUUUUUGAAGGGAUGGGGAAUGUAGCAACUGUGGAUCUGAGUAUACCAGAAUGUAAAGUUGGUUGUUAUUACUGUCUUUUCCAACAAGAAGGUCUUCUAGAAACAGCAACACUGGAAUCGGAAAUCAAUUCUCCAGAAUAUGUAGUUUGUUUCCUAGGUGGCUCAGAGAAAGGUCUGGAACUUUUCAGACUUGAAUUGGACAAAUACGUUCAAAGUCUGAAGCUAAGCCUUGACUUGGAGCAGAAAACGUUGGAGACCUGUGUUAACCCCUACUUAAGAAGCUGGUUUGAGAAUUCCAUAUGCCCAAUUCAGAGAGUAGUACAGCUCUUCCAGGAGAAACUGGCCUUCUUGUUACAUGCUGCACUGAGUUAUACUCCUGUGGAAGUAAAAAAUGCAGAUGAAAGAACAGAAAAAGACAUUAGCAGGUUUCUGGCAGCUGCCAGCCUCCAAGGCCUUGUUCAGGAAGGCACAAUGACCUCUUUGUGCAUUGCCAUGACUGAGGAACAGCACAAGUCAAUGGUUGUAGACUGUAUUGGAGCCCAGCCUCAACUGCAUAACGCAGGAAGCAACAGAUUCUGUGAGGACUGGAUGCAUGCUUUUGUAAAUGGUGCUGAAGGUGGAAAUCCGUUUCUGUUCCGGCAAAUUUUGGAAAACUUUAAAUUGAAGGCAAUACAGGACAUUAACAACCUGAAGAGGUUUAUUCGACAGGCUGAAAUGAACCACUACGCCUUGUUCAAGUGUUACAUGUUCUUAAAGAACUGUGGCAGUGGAGACAUCCUUUUGAAGAUUGUUAAAGUAGAACAUGCAGAAAUGCCAGAGGCCAGAAACGUAGUGACUGUCCUUGAGGAAUUCAUGAGAGAAACAGCAGUGGCUUAAAAUGAUCUUAAUUAUUCUACAAUUGUUGGAGAGUAUUGUAUAAAUCAUUAAUUUCUUCUAUGCAGCUUAGUUUCGCUACUGCAGGAAGUUUACUUUUAAAAGCAUUACCUGAGUCAAACCUAAGUUGCAAUGUCAGCUCCUUCUCUCCCUUUAGAGAGAAAGCAGCAUGAGCUUUUUUUAAUGUGUAAAUAUCAGAUCUUAAAAAACACUAUUUUCAAUGCUUAACAUUCUCCAACUGAUGUGUUCAUCUUGUGAGAAAAUCAUUACAUUUGUGGGUUGGUUUUUUGUUUUGUUUCUUUUUUUAACAGCGUUGGCAUGAAAAAGAAGUGUUUUAAGUAUUUUAAGUAUAUUUAAAAUUAUCAUGUCUAAUAAUUAAGAUCCAUUUACUUGUUUUAGUAGAAAAAGAAGCACAAACAUUUAGAUAAAUCAUAGUAAAUGAGUUCAUGUGAGAAUAUAAAAAAGUCUGCAGCUAGUUUCUACAUUCUACUUUCAAGUGAGCAGUUUGUUCUUUUAUUAUUGAAGAAACAACUUGUUUAUUGACAGGAGAGAGGAAGCUUGAGCAGGGUUUUAGGACUCAAUUUGUAUGUGCUUCUGUCUGUUCAUAUAUGUGCUGGUCAGGCAUGUUAAAUUCCCAGACUAGAUUAUGAAUCCAAUUCAUUUGGUUAAAUUUUUGUGACCAAGAUCAUCUUUGUACAUUCCUAGUAUCUCUUUUGUAUAAUUGAAAAUAAUUGUAUGUAGUGAAGAAUUCAUCAUGAAGAUUUUCUAGAUUCAAUAUUAACUUCAUAAAAGCUUCUUCAUAAAUUGAAAUAAACUGUCCAAAUUAAUUAUUCAGAAUUUAAAACACUUCCUUGUAUUUUAGCAAUUAAUUCUUGUCCACAUCAUAGGACACUUAGCAGAAUACUUGAAUAUCUUUGUUGACAGAUGAAAUUAAAACUAACCAGGUCUCUGGCUGAGCCUCUAAGUGAGUAUUAUUUCUGCAAUCUGAUAUAAGCAAAACUUUCUACUACUUUCAUUUGCAGCAGAGGGUGUUUGAAUGCCUAACUUGAUCAAUGAUCACAUACUACUUUAAAACCCAGAUAUUUUUUUUAACUUUCAUCUGUAAAACUUAGCUUACUUGUUUGGGCUUCUCUCCAAGGUACCGUGUUGCUCAGUAUCAGUUCUGCUGAAUUUGUACUCUAUUAUAUGUGGACAAUUGCAGUUACAGCUUUUUCUGUUGAUAGUUGCUGAAUUUUGCUAGCAUUGAAGGUGGUUGGCAUUAUGAAAAACAUAAUGCCCUGCUUUCUGCAGCCUUUAACAUCAUUCUGCUUUUAUCAGCAUUGUGGUGGCUCUGCCAUUCCAGUCACCAGACUACCAACUCACGAUGGGCAGAAAUACACACAUUGAAAUACCACCUAGUAGUGCUAAGUCAUGAGUCAGUGCAGGUGUUGCUGGCAUCAUCUUAGUAAAAAUUCUAUUUUAAAUAGAAAAGAAACAAAAAGCCUAAUAAAUGAGAGAGAAGCAGCUAGUUUAGUUGGAUACGUGCCUGGAAGGUAUGACACAACUCUGAAAAGCUGAGGAAGAAGCACACACAUGUUUAGAAGAUGCUGAGAUGUGCACUUAAUCUGCAAACCUUCCUUCCCAAUGAAAAGUUUUAAGCACUCUGAUGGUCUUCAUUCGCUGCUGCCGUAGAGCUUCAGCUGUUACAUGGUGGGACAAGAUGUGUGUCUGAAUGCCAGUCAGAAGCUGUCUGUGUCCUUGUUUAACUCGUGGAGAAAUAAAGCAGCGAUUCGCUUUCUUCUUUAUCAGACAGGUUUAGAAACAUAAAAAUGAAUUAUCGAUGUCAUUAUUAGAAGAUGACAUUUCGGAUCUCACAACCAACUGCCCUUUGGUUAAAUACUGUAAUUGUAGACAAACUUACAAAACUGCCUGUGGAAGAUUCUCCUUGGUUGAUUUUUGGCAUGUGAUGGAAGACAGCUCUAUUUGAUAAGGGAAAAAAAAAA